AUGGAGACGUGCCACAAGAAGUUUGCGAAUGGCGACUCCUACAUCGGCGGCUGGAAGAGCGGCAUGCCCUCUGGCGAGGGCAAGUACCUCUGGGCCGACGGCAGCGUGUACACCGGAAGCUGGAGGGACGGGGCAAAGCACGGCGUGGGAACGUACACCUGGCCGAGCCGGGCAUCCUACCAUGGGGAGUGGCAGGGGGGGUUCAUGCACGGCGUGGGCAGCUUUGAGGCGCCGGACGGCAGCCGCUACUCCGGGGGUUGGCGCAAGGACGCAAAGCACGGCCUCGGCAGGAAGACGUACAGCAACGGGGACUCUUACGAGGGGCUCUGGGACACGGGGCGGCCGCACGGGCCGGGGCGCUACGUAUGGGCGGACGGGAACGAGUAUGACGGGGAGUGGCGGCAAGGCAAAAUGGAGGGCCAGGGCACAUUUGUGUGGAGCACUGGGGAGCGCUACGACGGCGGCUGGAAGGACGGCCGGGAAGACGGCCUGGGCCUGUUCACGUUUGCGGACGGCGCCACCUACCGCGGAUUCUGGGAGGCGGGGAAGAAGCACGGCGUCGGGGUGCAGCGGCCCCCGCCAACCGGGCCCAGUGGCGGCGGCGGCGGCGGCGGCGGCGGCGGCGGCGGCGGCGGUGCGCAGGACGCGCACCACAGUCCUGGGACUGCCGGCAGCGGCGGCAGGCCGGGCGCAGGGGGCGCGGCGGCGGCGGCGCAGGGGGCCAGCGCGAGAUCAGCAUUGUCUCAUGAGGCGGCCGCGGAGGCUGCGGUCGCGGCCGGCGGGCCGGGCGGCAUCGAGGCCGAGGAGGGCGGCGCCGUGCGCGACGGCGGCUCGGCGGCAGGCGGGUCGGGGCACCAACAUGCCAGCAGCGGCGGCAGCGGAGGCGGCGGCGGCGCAGCCGUCGGUGCGGGCGCAGGUGGCGUGGCCGCCGCAGCCGGCCUGCCUGCCGGCGUGGUGCUGGUCAAGGAGUACGACCGCGGCCGGCUGGUGCGGCAGUCGCUGCUGCAGGCGUCCGAGGCGCUGCACAUCCUCGGGAAGCCCGACAGGGUGCGGCGCCAGCUGAACCACGGGCUGCGGCACACCAGGAAGACCACGCGGCUGGGUCAGUUGGUAUACAAGGACAACAGCAGCUUUGACCUCAUGGUGGGCCUGCAGGCUGGCAUCAGGUGGAGCGUGACGCGGGCGCAGUCCGCGGCGGAGGGCGUCUCGCCCGGCCCGCCCGCCGUCCCCGGCCCGCGGCCGCUGCCUCCAGAGGCGUUUGAGCGGAAGGUGGUCGCCGCGUUCCCCCGGGGGGGCUCUGUAGACACCCCCCUGCACCGCGCCUCGAGCGACUUUGAGUGGCGGGACUACUGCCCGCUGGUCUUCCGCAACCUGCGUGACGCGUUUGGCUGGCAGCCGUCGGACAUGGUGCAGGAGCUCUGCUCUGACCAGGCCCUCAGGCUGCUCAACUCGCCAGGCAAGUCUGGCAGCGUGUUCUUUCUGUCCGCCGACGACAAGCUGCUGGUCAAAACCAUCCGCAAGGCCGAGUUUGACCUGCUGCGGCGCCUGCUGCCGGCCUACUACAGCCACAUGCUGGCGCACCCCAACAGCCUGCUGGUCAGGGUGUAUGGUCUCUACAGCAUCACCUCGGCCAGCUCGGGCGGCCGCAAGGUGCGUUUCGUGGUCAUGGCCAACCUCUUCAGCACAGACCUGCAGAUCCACGAGCGCUACGACCUCAAGGGGUCGACCGCGGGCCGCACCGCCGGCAAGGACGCCGUCGCCAGGGCACGCCAGGGGGACCCUCGGGUUGUGCUAAAAGACCUGGACCUGGGGGGGCGCUGCUUCAAACUGGAGGCCCAGUGGCAUGAGCGGCUCAUGGAGCAGAUCGCGUCGGACUGCGCCCUGCUGGAGGCGUGCGGCGUGAUGGACUACUCGAUGCUGCUGGGAGUCCACGACCGCGCCCGCGGGCCGCGCGCAAGCGGCGGCGGCAGCGGCGGCGGGGGCAGCGGCGGAGGCGCAGGCGGCGGCGCCGCGCCGCGCGGCUGCCACAGCCGGCGGGUGAGCGCUGCGUCUUUGGCGAUGCUGGAGGAGGGCGGGGAGGCAAGCGGCGGGGGCGGGGACGCGGCGUCGGAGGAGCCGUGGUCGGGAGACGAGGGCGGGGCGCGGCCGGGGACGCCGCCGGUGCUGGCAGCCUCGAGCCCCGGCGGCGUAACGGAGGCGGAGGCGGCUGCGGCGGCGUCGGUGGCGCUGGCGGCGGAUGGGAUGCCGGCGGCGGCGGCGGUCAACUUCGAGGAGCACAAUGCGGAUGAUGAGGCCGCCCUCCAGCGGCGCAUGGCGCGGAUAGAGGCGCGCGUGGGGGCCCUCGACCUCGGCCUCGAGGCCAAGCAGGGCCUGCUGCAGCUCGCACGCCUGGAAAUGCUCGCAGCGGCACCCCGCCACGCUCGCCGCGGCGGCGGCGGCGGCGGCGGCGGCCCGGUCGUCGCCGCCGCCACGUCUGUCCCGGCGCGGCGCGGCGCUUUGUCGGUGCUGGCUGCGCGCCCCAAGCGCAGCGACACUAUGCGGCCCGUGGCGUUCACGGAGGGCUCGAGCGACGCGCUCGCGCUCAGCCUCGGGCAGAGCCGCGUGCAGCUGGGCGCGGCGAUGGCCGCGACGGCGCUGCCGCCGGGCGGCGGCGGCGCGGCCACCGCGGCGGCGGCGGCGGCCGGGGCUGGCGCAGCGCAAGACUCGGGCGACGCGCCGUCGGGGGCGCGGGAUGUGGUGCUGUUCUUCGGCAUCAUCGACAUAUUUACAGUAUACGAUUCCUUGAAGCGGCUGGAGCACGUAGUGAAGGCGGUCGGCAGCGCGGGCCGCGGCGGCGCACGCGCGAUCAGCGCGGUCCCGCCCGCGCAGUACAGCCGGCGGUUCCACGAUUUCAUGAAGAGGGUGUUUGUGUGA